GACAGGGUCAGCCGGUUGGACUGAAUUUCUGACGGGCGUUGUGUGGUGUUUACAUUUUUAUCCUCCGUCGGCGGUCUUUCUCACCUGCUGACAGCGAAGAGAAGAGGACACUGUAGCUAGGCAGCGACUGAACAUCAUCUGGGAGGCGUCUGACAGAGACCCGCCUGCCCGUUAACGGUGACUGCGCUGUUUAUCUCUCGCUCCAUCUGUUUAUCUGACUUGGAGCUCCGUCAGUAUCCGUGUUGAAUUUUCUGCUCGCAAACAUGAGCGGCAGAGUCGGAGACCUGAGUCCUAAACAGGCGGAAGCACUGGAGCAGUUUCGAGAGAGGAUACAAGAUAUUCUACCUCAACUUCCUGCACAGCAUGAUCACUUCCUGUUACGCUGGCUCAGAGCCAGAAACUUCAAUAUUCAGAAGUCGGAGGCCAUGCUGCGAAAGCAUUUGGAGUUCAGGAAACAGAUGAAAGUAGAUGCAAUAAUCACCGACUGGCGUCCACCAGAGGUGAUAGAGAAGUAUCUGUCCGGAGGGAUGUGUGGUCACGACCGGGAGGGCAGUCCCGUCUGGUAUGAUGUCAUCGGCCCUGUGGACCCUAAAGGCCUCUUCCUGUCUGCAUCCAAACAAGACUUCAUCAAGUCCAAGAUCAGAGACUGCGAGGUCCUGCAGCAGGAAUGUGACGUCCAGUCGCAGAAGCUUGGGUGGAACGUUGAGUCAAUCACCAUGAUCUACGACGUAGAAGGUCUGGGUCUGAAACACUUAUGGAAGCCUGCUAUAGAGACAUAUACAGAGAUCCUCCAGAUGUUUGAAGCCAACUAUCCAGAAGGCUUGAAAAGGCUUUUUGUCAUUAAAGCUCCUAAACUCUUUCCUGUGGCCUACAACCUCGUAAAGCAUUUUCUGAGUGAGAACACGAGACAAAAGAUCAAUAUCCUCGGGGCUAACUGGCAGGAGGUUUUAAUUAAGUACAUUGAUGCAGAGGAGCUGCCGGUGAUAUACGGCGGUAAACUGACGGAUCCUGACGGAGAUCCUCGCUGUCGCACCAUGAUACACCACGUGAGCCCUGUCCCCCCCUCCUACUACGUGCGGGACCAUGUGAAGAUGGAAUACGAACAAUGUACCACGGUCAGCCGAGGGUCCUCCCAGCAGCUGGACUAUGAGAUACUGUUCCCGGGCUGCGUUCUCAGAUGGCAGUUUGCCAGUGAAGGUGCAGACAUUGGGUUUGGGGUGUUUGUGAAGGCUAAAAAGGGCGAAAAGAAGAAGGCAGCUCAGAUGGAGGAAGUGGUGCUCAGCCAGCGAUACAACGCUCACCUAGUGCCCGAAGACGGAUCACUGACCUGUGAACGCCCGGGAGUCUAUGUUCUGAGAUUUGACAACACGUACAGCAUGUUUCAGGCCAAACGAAUCAGCUUUACCGUAGAGGUCCUGCUACCGGAACGCUUACAGUCCCCACAGAGAAACGGCAGCUCCAAAAACACCACCGUGCAAGCUGAGGGCAACAGCCAAUCAUAACCGAGAAGAUGUGCCACUUCCAUGUUGUUGGAUAAAGCACAGCCUCACAUACUUGAGUUAAAAAGGAAAUGCAACAUGCUGCCAUUAUCCAAAAAGUAUUUCAAUAAGUCAGGUUCUUGGUGUUCAACCGUUUUAAUCAUUUUUAAUGAAGUCAUGUGUUGUCAAUUUAGAAACAUUAGUUAAACCACAGGUGGGAUAAUAUGACCAAAGGUAUAUGGACACCCCCAUACACACAUUUUGGGGCACUUAUUAUGGCUUCAUGGCUUUCAUGGUUUGGACUAAGUUUUGAUUCAUAGAAAGGAAAAUGCAAAACAAACAAUAGUGUUCUUCCAACUUUGUGGUUACCGUUUAUAGAAAUGUCCCCAUGCACAAAGACCAAUAAAGGAGUCAACUAAAUGCAAAGUGCAUUCCAGACAUUACUACUCAACAUCAGUGUUGGACCUCACUAAAGCCUAAAACCAGAGUAAAUGCUGUUUUAGCAACAAAUAAUGUUCUUUGCUUUAAAAUAGGAUAUUAGACUUUAGACAAUUACACAUGGGUGUCAACAUUCUUUUGGCCAUUCAGUUAAUGAUUGAUUUUAUUGUUGGUAGGAAACAUGUGAACCUUUGGAUACUGAUAGCAAUUAGGAGGAAUUUCCAUAAGGAGAAAUGUGCUGCAGUUUAAAAAAUAUUGCAAAUAUAAAAAAAUACAAUUGUGCCAAAAUGAUUGCAAAUGAAGGAACAUCUUCACCAACUUGAUGAAACACACACAGCUGCAGAAAAGAAAGGCUGCAAAUCCAAAAGGCUGCUAGAAGCUCAAAUCACAACAGAAACAGGGACACUACAAAGUGAUGCACACAGCUGGGACCGAAGCAUCACUUACAGUGCAGCCCAUUUCUCCUUAUGGAAGUGUUAUAGGCUGUUGCAGCGCGUUUGCAUCUGUUGGUCACUGUAGGCUAUAGCGACCUAUUUUAGCUGCUACUAGCAUAACAAAAUCUAAUCAAGAUGGCGACUGGUUUUGAGAAGGAAGAAGAAUACUUGGCAUUAAAAAAUACUAUAUAUUUGUCAAUGUUGUAGGAGUGCAAUGCUACAUCUACAAAGAUCCUCUUAUGUGUUGACCGUUCAUAGUUUUAUUAAAGGACACCAAGUGAAUCAAGUCACCAGAGAGAAAUAUUAUUUAAUUCUAUGCACAAAAUCAAUUUUCUGUACAUGGUUUGUGGCAUAAAUAGUUAUUUUCCAUUACAGCCAUUAACAGUAAAGGCAUUCCAGUCUAUAUCAAUAUUUGUUGUUCCAAGAAUAUUAAUAUGUUUGUUUUACGCCUAAAAGAAAAAAAAAGAAAUCUAGAAAUGAAUAUACCUUUUAUAUAGCCUACCUCUUUUUGCCUUAAUGUUUGCUUAGAAAUAUUGUCGAAUUAAAGUUGCACUGAACAUUAAUUUAACCUAAUUACACAUAAUUCAAUUAAGUUGUAUUAAUCUUGAAAGCUGUUGACAUUCAAUUGCAUUCCCUUGACAUAUAAUCAAUGCACUUUCAUGGUUGCAACAUUACUUUAAAUAUUUAUUUCUUCAUUCCUAAUUUAUUUACAGAAAAUCGGUUGGGGUUUUUAUUUUCUUUAAUAUAAUAGCAAAAAUAUUAAAGUCUAUAUAUACACUGUACAUUAUAUGAUUAAUCAGAUACACACACACUAUUCAUGGGAACUUGUCUGCAGUGAAUUUAAUGAAAUAUUUUACCCUCUCUUGAAAAUGACUGAAUGUAGAUUGUGGCAGAAUAAAAGAUUUUCACAUUAUU